UUGGAGUUGCUCGUUUUUAUCGACUUUUAUCACUUAUAUUAUAUGCCUAUAUCUAUAUGGGAUAAGGCAAUCAAUACUCAUUUUACCGAAUUGUAUCACGUACCUAGGUACCUAGGUACCUCAGAUGUUACGCCUACCGAGCUCUUGAGGGCUGUCGACCAAUUGCACGAUUUCGUAUGAGAUUACCGGUGAUUCGCUGGAAUGAGGAGGGGGUCGGAAACAAUAACCAGUGUCAGCCGCACGAGGCAGGCGGUUAAUGGACUUGAUCUUUUCUGCUCUAGCUAGCAGGAUGCCCAGAUUCGCUACUCCUCCUCUACCUCAUCAGAAUAGCUUAUGAAAUUAUCGUCAUAGACUCAUAAUGCCUUCGUGGAGAAAGAAGUUGUUCAAGAGAUCAAGUCACGAUGCAUCCAGUGCCGCAUCGCGGUCUCUGCCAACGACGGACGUUGGAUGGCCUCACGGGCUAGAGGUCGUGUACGAAGGCCCUGAAGCUAGUCUCGACAUUGUCGCAAUUCAUGGCCUGAAUGGUCACCGAGAAAACACGUGGACCGCAGAUAACGAUGUCCACUGGCUACGUGACUUGCUUCCGAAAGACUUACCUAACGUCCGAAUUCUGACCUGGGGCUACGAUGCCAACACGCAUGCUAGUGAUAGGGUGAACUGUCAAUAUAUAUAUGACCACGCUCGAGAGCUUGUGGGUGACUUAACCCGCAUGCGAACUCUGACUAACUCCAACGAACGGCCGAUCAUUUUCGUGGCUCAUAGCUUGGGAGGCAUUGUGGUCAAAAGCGCCCUCAUUCACGCUGACGCCGCCCGUCAAGGUGCGCAUUACGAACAUCGAUCGGUGAAGACUUCGACUUAUGGUAUUAUCUUCAUGGGCACUCCUCAUCAAGGCGGUACCGGUGUGAAGCUAGGAUGCUUCUUAGUGAAUAUUGCGUCUAUAUUUGUAGCGGCCGACGAUCGCGUGUUAAAGCAUCUAGAAAGAGACUCCGAAUUGUUGCAACAGCAACUUGGCCAGUACGGUCCGAUUAGCGGCGACUUUGUGACCAAAUUUGCUUACGAGACAUAUGAGACUUCCACCCUACUCGGUCAUAAGAUGAUGGUAGUACCAAAGGCGUCGGCGGUCGUACUUGGGCAGGCCGAUGCCGAACCAAUUGCCAUCUAUUCAGACCACAUCCAUAUGGUUAAAUAUCCUUCGAGAAAUGAUAGGGGAUAUAGAAAAGUUUCGGAGAACCUGCAGAUCAUGGCAAAGGACGCUGUGGAAGCUGUCCGGUCGCGGUGGGAGGCGGAGAUCCGGUUGGACAAUGCGCGAAGAAACAAUCCUACCUCGUUCUCACUGCCUCUCGACUUAUCGCAGGUUACCGAUGUGCCCCGUUUCGUAGCAAGGGAAGAUGAGAUCCAACGAAUGCAUGGGAUCUUAAGAAAGGCCGAAGGCCGUCGGACGGUCAUCCUGCAUGGGCUCGGCGGCAUUGGUAAGACCCAGCUAGCAAGAGAGUACAUUAAGCGUCACCGAGACCACUUUACUGCUGCGGUCUGGCUGAACGCACGAGACGCGACAUCGUUGCAGCAGAGCUAUUUGCAAACAGCUCAACGGAUACACAAUCGUGCACCGGUGAUUUACGUCAGCAAUGCCGUCCAGAACCAGGACCCCAAAGAAUGUGUGGAGGCUGUCAAACGAUGGUUGGAUGAGCCUGCUAAUGAUGGCUGGAUCGUUAUCUAUGAUAACUACGAUGAUCCCAAGUUCGGUGCUCCUCAACCUUUCAACGGGGAAAGCAGUGAAAAUGCGGGUCGUGGUCUGCUUGUAGAUGAACACAGCCAGGCCGCGUCACGGGACGAGUACUUCGCCCAGGGAGCGUUUGAUAUUCGACCGUUCCUUCCCGUCACUGACCAUGGCGCUAUCAUCAUGACGACCAGAUCUGCCGAAGUCGAACUUGGUGAAUAUAUUAGGGUAAAGAAACUGACCGACCCGAAAAGUGGCCUCGACAUUUUGGCUUCUACCUCCCGUCGAGAGGAGAUUGAUCAAGACAAAGAUGCUGGGGACCUCGUCAAGCUUCUUGAUGGGCUUCCUUUAGCCCUCGCGACGGCUGGCGCAUACCUAAAGGGGGUCCCUGCAACGACUUUUGCCGACUAUAUCACAUUAUACAAGGAAUCAUGGGAGCAACUACAAAAGAGCACUCCACGAAUCAUGUCAUACGAGGACCGUGCCCUUUACUCAACUUGGAACAUCUCUUUCCUACACAUCAAACACCAAAAUCCAGCGUCGGCAGCACUACUCCGCCUGUGGGCGUAUUUUGAUCACGAGGAUUUGUGGUAUGAGCUAUUACAUGAAAGACGCAAGUCUCAAUACCUUCAGGGGAUUGUGGGCGACAGAAUCAACUUUGAUAAGGCCAUCCGCGUACUGCAUGAUCAUGGCUUGAUAGAGGCAGACAUAUCGAUCGAAGAAAGAGCGGGGGAAUCACAGGGCUAUAGUAUGCACGGGUGUGUACAUUUAUGGACACAGCACAUACUAAAUGAGGACCCACAUGGAGAAGGUUUGCAGAUGGCACGGGUAGCCAUGGAAUGUGUCGCCUGGCACGUACCACAAGAGGACUCUAGGGAAUAUUGGUUGAUUGAGCGCCGACUUCUAAAGCACGUCGACCGGUGCUUGACAAGGAUGGAGCAAUCCAUACAGUUGAAUAAAGGAGUCGAAUAUGUUUGGUCGAAUUUAGGCCUAUUAUAUGCGCGUCAAGGUCAACUAGCAAAAGCGGAAAUACUACAGGAGCGAGCUCUUUAAGGUAGAGAAAAGGCAUUAGGACCUGAACACACAUCAAUGUUCGAUAUAAUUAAUAAUCUAGGUCUUGUUUACCGGAAUUAAGGUUGAUUGGAAGAAGUAGAAGCAAUGUAUAAACGAGUUCUUUAAGGCUAUGAGGCAUUAGGACCUGAACAUAUAUUAAUGCUUGAUAUAAUUAAUAAUUUAGGUCUUGUUUAUCGGAAUUAAAGUUGAUUGGAAAAAGUAGAAAUAAUGUAUAAACGAGUUUUUUAAGGCUACGAGAAGGCAUUAGGACCUGAACAUAUAUUAAC